UCGGUGGGCCUAAUGGUCAACCUCCUCUUCCGGUUUCCUCACCACCGCCAUUGCCUCCAUCUCAUCCGCCGUCCCAUUCUUCUUCUCUGUUUCCUUCCACCGCCGCAACUGUCCCUCCCUUAUCAUCAUCAUAUCCCCAAAUGCCAAAUGCGUCGCCAUCUUCUGCACAAUUAGCACCAACUCGGUCCAAAGUGAUGGAUGUAUCCCAUCUGCUGAAGCCUCCUCAUCGAUCUACUCGUCCAGAUCACUUUGUAAUUAUCCUUCGAGGACUACCAGGUAGUGGGAAGAGUUAUCUAGCCAAGUUGUUGCGUGACAUUGAGGUAGAAAAUGGCGGUAGUGCUCCACGAAUCCAUUCUAUGGAUGAUUACUUCAUGACUGAAGUUGAGAAGGUUGAGGAGAGUGAUUCGAAAUCUUCAAGCUCUGGUAGAAGCAAGAGACCUAUUGUAAAGAAGGUCAUGGAAUACUGCUACGAACCUGAGAUGGAAGAGGCGUAUCGUUCAAGCAUGCUAAAAGCUUUUAAGAGGACUCUUGAAGAUGGGGCUUUCAGCUUUGUAAUCGUGGAUGACCGCAAUCUGCGGGUAGCUGAUUUUGCUCAGUUUUGGGCAACAGCAAAGAUAGAGCCCAAUGCAGUGUCCUGGAGGAAGCUCUUCGUCGUAAACGAUCAACGAAUCGAGUCCCAAUAUUUCUUUCAAAGUGGGAGUUUCUUUAUUGAUGAAGAGAAGAAAGUCCUUGUGCUUUAUGUGCCACCUAACAAGAUAGCUUUCAUCAUUAAAGGGAAUGGAUACUACGAAGAAGUGAAGCUCGGGAGAUCUGAUGAGGGAACACUUAUGUGCUCUUAUGUUCCAAGCUCGGUGCAGAUCCAGCAAGUACAUGCAGGUCGCAAUAGGAAAAGACGUACGAGAUCAUUAAGAUAUUUUACAAAAUAA